CCCAAACCUUCUUCUUCAUCAUCAUCCUCUCAGAUAUCUUGUGAAAGCUUCACUAGUGUUUAGAGCGAGAAACAAAAACAAAAGCAAAAACCAAAAAAGAUUUAGAGAGAGAGAGAGAGAGAGCUUGUAUUGAUGAGUAUGGCAUCGAGACAAGACAAAGUGGACAGAGCAGAAGAAGCUGCAAGGGUAGCAGUGUCCGAGCUCAGCGAUGCAAACACAGAAAAAAGAACUGAAGAAGAAGAAGCAGCUAAAAUAGAGGAGUAUGAGCGAGAGGAACAUAGACCUAGUGUUGUGGAGAGCUUACUGAAGUCAGUGGCGGGCACUUUAGAACAAGCCAAGGAGGCUGUAACCGGCAAGACCCAAGAAACUGCUGCUAACGAGAAGAGAGAAGGCGUUGAGGCGGCUUCGGAGAAGGCGAGACAGACCGAGAAGAAAAGCCGGUGGGGUACCGAUUCCAUGGCUGAGAAAGCGAAAGAGGCUAAAGAUAGGACUGCGGAGAGGGCAGGGGAAUAUAAAGAAUACGCGGAGGAGACGAAGAAUUAUAGCGGUGAGAAGGCGAGGGAGUAUAAAGAUGGUGCCGUAGAGAAGACGGAGGAGACGAAGGAAUGUGCGGCGGAGAAAGCGACAGAAGGGAAGGAGACUGCGGUGGCGAAGAUGGCGGAGUUGAAAGAUACGGCGGUGGAUACGGCGAGGAGGGCGAUGGGUUACUUGACUGGUAAGAAAGAAGAAACCAAGGAGAAGGCGGCCGAGACCGGUGAGGCUGCCAAGGAAAAAUAUAAUGAGACACAGGACAAAGCGAGACCGAAGAUGGAGGAGAUGAAGCUGAGUGAGGAGUCUCAUGAAGAGAACAGGGGGACGGCAGGAUCAGGAAACAUAUUCAGCGCCCUCGGUAGCGUGAAGGAUGCUAUCAAGGAGAAGUUGACCGUGCCGAUAGAUACCGUGGAGGAGAAACGUGUAGAGAGUGAGCAGGGUGGUGGUGGUGGUGGUGGUGGAAGGGGAGGAGAAGAGGCGGAGAAGGUGGUGAUGGUGGAUAUGAAAGAGACUCCAGCCGGAGAAGCAGCAUCAAAACUCAAAGCCACUGAUCAGACGAGCGGUCAGACUCUCGACGACAAGGAGGGCAAGGGCAUUGCUGUCGUGCGUCUGGAACGCAAGAAGUGAUCUCUUGCAACAACCUUGUGCAAUGCAAUGCAAUGCAAUGCUCUUAUGUUUCUCUUGGUUUUUGGCAGUUAAAAGCUAGCUAGCUUGCUUUUUGUUUAUGCAUAUGACUUGGACUUUUGUAUGUUUUGUGUUUUUUGGGGGUUAAGGCUUGAGCGUUAUAUAUAUAUAUAUUUAUAUAUAUAUAAGAUUGUGUAUGUUUUGUUUGAACACAAGAAGCAUCCUCAAUGGACCCCUUUGUGGAGCUUGUCUUCAAAAGUUGGCCAAAAAAAUAAAAGCUGUGUCUAGGAAUGCAGUGAAAACCAAA